AUGAUAAAAUUUUAUAGAGCUGGGCGUAGAUCAAUAUACUUGGGGCUCGUUGUAGUGCUAGUAUUACUUUUCCCAGUAUGGAGAUCGGUGUAUUUACAAUCGGGCUAUAACAAAGUCGUAGAAAUUAAGUUGAAUCAGUGGAGUAAGCAAACUCGGAUAACAGUAGACUUCGAGGAUAAGGAUAGCGCAGCUGCUAAGGCCUUGAAGGAGCUUCGAGACAAGAAGUUGAAGAAGGACAUGCAACGGAACCAUGACCUCUGGGAAAUUAACCCUGAGUUGGAAGGUAAGUUACCAUUAGACGUUACCAUUCCUGAAUAUUACACAGAUAAGCUGAUCACCACGCCGCCUGUGCAACCUUUCGAUCCAAGGUUUAACAUAGGAGUUUAUUUGAAUUACAUCCUAAUGAAAACCAAGAAUAGCAAGGAAAAUGAAAAACUCGCUAUACCAUUUAACUGGAAGGAUUGGAUAGAUACCUCCAUCUUGGACAAAUACGCCUUAUACCAAGACAAGCCAACCUGUAACCAAAUAUUCAGUUUGCCGAAGAAGCUUUCUGAGCUGGACAGAAGGUACAUUAACCCAGACGACUACUGUAAGCAAGAAUCACUGUCAUCUCAUGGCUUCAAAGUCAUUAGGUCACCGGGACUCCAAUUCAUAAAAGGCAGUGUCAUAGCUGGGAGGUCUUACUUAACUAAUGAAAUGUCUGCACCUCAUAGGGUUGUGUUCUUGGGUAGUUCUGGAAGAGAUCUGGUACAGUUCGGGUUUGAAAAGUCCGACAAGACUAUCAUAACUAAUGGAGUAGUUCAGCAGUUGAUCAAGAGCGGACAGGUCGAAGGAACCAUAGAUGUGGGAAAAGCUUUCAAGGAGAUGGAAUCCAAAUUUAUCACUCCUAACAAGAAUGAACUUCCCUACAAGCGUGAAUUGAAGAAGGACUCUUUCUUGGUAUCUCCUACUACAAUAAUUUCACUGUGGGAGAGCAGUAAGCAACUGAAGAGAGAUGAGCCAAAGGAGCAGAAAGCUGCAUCUAAGGAUGACUCAAAGAAGGAGGAUUCCAAGGCUGGAAGUGAAGAACAGCCUAAAGCUGGUGAUGCCAAAGCUGAGAAGCCUAAAGCUGGUGAUGCCAAAGCUGAGAAGCCCAAAGCUGGUGAUGCCAAAGCUGAGAAGCCCAAAGCUGAGGAUACCAAAGCUAAAUCACCUAACCCUGCUUCCAUAAAGUUAUCUGAUCCAGCAACUUUGAGCCAAUUCUUCGUAGACUCGCUCAAAGGUUCUAUACAUCACAAAGAUGACCCCAAAAAGUACUUCACAGAGACACAACUCGUUGAUUCAGAAAGAGAACGCAAGGAAGACUACCACUACGACUGGAGAUUCUUCAAUGGAUUCAGCACUGCCACAUCAGAAUAUGAACAUGAAAACUUAAUCAUCCACCAGUUGACAAGAGUGUGGCUCAAAUUCACUCAAUCCAAUGACAUCAACACAUGGUUAGCACAUGGUUCCUUAUUGUCGUGGUACUGGAAUGGGAUGGUAUUCCCUUGGGAUUCAGAUAUUGAUUUCCAGAUGUCCGUGGAAGACUUGUAUAAACUUGCAGCUGGGUUCAAUCAAUCCAUAAUUGUAGAAAACAUUUUCGACCAAAAAGGAGCUUUCCAAGGUUUAGGCCGUUAUUUCUUAGAUGUAGGGUCGUCCAUAACAGUCAGAGAGAAGAAGAACGGUAAUAACAAUAUUGAUGCCAGACUUAUCGACAUUGAUACAGGGUUCUUCUUAGACAUUACGGGGCUCUCUAUAAGUGACCUGAACACCCCAGACAGAUACAAGAAAUUGCAGGGUAAGAGUGAUUUGCUGAAAUUGCUGAAUUUCGAAAGGAACAAGGCCUUGAACGUAUACAAUUGCAGAAAUUUGCACUUUAGCUUAUUCGACGAAAUCAGUCCAUUAAUUUUGACCACUAUUGACAACUUACCAGUGUAUGUUCCAUCGAAAUAUCAAGCAGCAUUGGAGGUAGAGUACGAAUCGUCGUCUUUAAUUGAGGAAAAUUUCUCUCACUAUUUCUAUAUGAGCAACUUCAGAAUGUGGGUCGAAACGCAGAAGGCGUUGGAUUAUAUCGCUUCACCUAAGAAGUAUAUUAAACAGUUCCAAAAGCGUGUUGUGGGUGCUGUUGAAAAGUACAGAAUAACUAGAUUGGGUGCCAAGCAGCAUAUAGACAUCUUACAACAAAACUCAUUGUUGAUUCAAUAUGAAUUGGGUCAUACAAUUGCAAAGAAUCAUGAGCACGAAAUAAAGCUUUUGAAUGCAAAAGACUAUGAAGCUAGCGAAAAAUUCACCAGAAAGAACUGGAAGGAUAACAAUAAACCAUUGAGGAAAGAUUUGUUCCUGUACAAGUACUUCAAAGAUAACUGGAGAUGGGAUAGAGCAGUUCUGGCUUUGUUGGAAUUAGUGGUAGUUUACGAGGGUGGUGAAGGUAGGUCAGAAGCUUCCAAGCCACAGCAAUUGAAGUAUACAAAAGGUUUUGCCCCUACUUAG